AUGGAGGUGGAUGUGCCAGACGAGAAGCGCCAUCGCACCCGUUCCAAAGUGCCCGUGGAACCAGCCAUACAAGAGCUGUUCAGCUGCCCAACACCGGGUUGUGACGGGAGUGGGCACGUCAGUGGAAAAUAUGCAAGACACCGAAGUGUGUACGGCUGCCCGCUGGCCAAGAAGAGGAAAUCGCAUGACAGGCAGCCUCAGGAGCCCGCCCCCAAGAGGAAGGCCUUCCUCACGCACUUAGACAACUCCUCCAUGGAGGAGUGCUACGAGACCGACGGCACCGAGGACAUGGAGGAGCGGGUGGAGGAUGAGGAGGACAAUGAGGAGGACGGCAACGAGGAAGAGGAGGAGGAAGAGGAGGAGGAGGUCUACUCGGAGGACAAUGAGGAGCACGUGGAGCAGGAGGACGGCGAGGUGGAGAGAGGAGAGGAAGAGGAGGAAGGAGAGGAGGAAGAGGAGGUCGAGCAGGAGGAGGAGUGCAUAGAGGAAGAGGAGGGUGAGGAGGAAGAGGAGGAGGACGAUGAGGAGGAAGAUGACGAGGAAGAUGACGAAUAUGAGCAUAAUAGCCAAGAUUCAGGUGAGUAGGAGGAUCAUUUGAGCAAUGGCUACGCCAAGUCUGGCCCGCCGGGGGAGAAGGACGACAACAACAACGACGAGUACGAGAACUAUGACGAGCUGGUGGCCAAGUCGCUGCUGAACCUGGGCAAGAUCGCCGAGGACGCCGCCAACCGGGCCAUGACCGAGUCCGAGAUGAACAGCAACUCGUCCAACAGCGCCGAGGAGGAGGAGGACGAGGAGGAUGAAGAGGAGGAAGACUAUGAAGAGGAGGAGGAGGAAUACGACGAGAACGAGGGAGGCCCCAGGAAAGGGGAGCUGAGUCUGGAUGUGGACAGCGAUGUGGUGCGGGAGACGGUGGACUCUCUCAAGCUGCUGGCGCAAGGACACGGGGCAGUGCUGUCCAACAACCUGGACGAGGGGGCCUUCGACGAAGAAGGGGGUCUGGAGAACGGGGACGGCUGCCCGACCAGCAACGGCCAGCCGGUGGAGGAGAGCGACGAGGACGUGUGCCUGAGCAGCCUGGAGUGCCUGCGCAACCAGUGCUUCGACCUGGCGCGCAAGCUGAGCGAGUCGCAGAACUCCGACCGCUCCACCACGCUGGCCCAGCAGACGCUGCAGACGCUGCAGCACCAGCAGCAGCAGCAGCACCACCUGGACAGCCAGUCGCACCACGGCUACGGCGACUGCCAGCAGCAGCAGCAGCCCAGCCCCGAGGAGCGCCGCGCGCUGGAGCGCAACUACUCGGACAUGGUCAACCUGAUGAAGCUGGAGGAGCAGCUGAGCCCGCACUCCAAGGCCUUCGCCAGCUGCGCGCGCGAGCGCCACGACGCCUUCUUCGACCGCGACGAGGACACCACGUCCAUCGCGUCCGACCGCUCCGAGGAGGUGUUCGACAUGACCAAGGGCAACCUGUCGCUGCUGGAGAAGGCCAUCGCGCUCGAGUCGGAGCGCGCCAAGGCCAUGCGCGACAAGAUGGCCCUGGACUCGGCGCGGCGGGGCGGCAUGCGGAUGCACGACGACCACCACGGGCAUCGCCACGGCCACGGCCACGGGCACAGCUACGGAGAGGACCGCAAGCCGCGGAUGCAUCACGACGGCAUGAAGAAACCCUACUACCCGAAAGAUUCCUCCCGCUCAGACAAGAAGGAGAGCCGGUGCCCGACGCCAGGGUGCGAUGGGACGGGUCACGUGACUGGUCUCUACCCCCAUCACCGGAGCCUGUCGGGGUGUCCUCACAAAGACAGGGUGCCCCCAGAAAUUCUUGCAAUGUAUGAGAAUGUUCUUAAGUGUCCUACGCCCGGCUGCACAGGACGCGGCCAUGUCAAUAGCAACAGGAACUCCCACAGAAGCCUCUCGGGGUGCCCCAUUGCAGCGGCAGAGAAGCUGGCCAAAGCCCACGAGAAGCACCAGUCAUGCGACGGAAGCAAGUCUAACCAAGGCUCCGAUAGGGUGCUGAGGCCGAUGUGCUUUGUGAAGCAGCUGGAGAUCCCUCAGUACGGACACAACGUGCCCACCACCACCCCGCGCUCCAACCUGGCCAAAGAGCUGGAGAAGUACUCCAAGACCAGCUUCGACUACAACAACUACGACAGCCACGGAGUGUACGGAAAACGGGCCAUCGCACCCAAGGUCCACGGUCGAGACACGUCCCCCAAAGGAUACGAUGCCAAGCGCUACUGCAAGACCUCCAGUUCGGCGAGCAGCACAGCCAGCAGCUACGCGCCCAGCAGCAGCGGCAGCAGCCUGAGCUGCGGCGGAGGAGGCGGCGGAGGAGGAGGUGGAGGAGGAGGUGGAGGAGGAGGCGGCGGGGGCAGCAGCGCCAGCAGCACCUGCAGCAAGAGCAGCUUCGACUACACGCACGACAUGGAGGCGGCGCACAUGGCCGCCACCGCCAUCCUCAACCUGUCCACGCGCUGCCGCGAGCUGCCCCAGAGCCUGGGCGCGGGCAAACCCCAGGAGCUCUGCCCACGGGUACGUCUCCCAGACGACACACCGCACCAUCCGCGGGGGAGGGGGGGGGGGGGGGGGCUGGGCUGGUGCCAGGGGGGCUGUGCCGUGCUCACGCCGCUGGAGCCCAUGUCACCCCGCCGCCAGGCCCUGCUCGGCGGCCACUGCUACCCCCUGGGCCAGGCCGACUGCUGGGAGCCGCACGUCGACUACGCCAAGAUCAAAUGCAUCGACGAGGACGACCCCAAAGAGCCCGAUGACCUGGACCCCUUCCAGGACAUUCUGGACGAGAGUCCCUAUGCCGGCGAUGUCAACAUCCCGAGUCCCAAGCCCAAGUUCGCCCCCUGCAAAGAAAGCAAAAAGGACCUGAUAACUCUUUCAGGUUGUCCUUUAGCUGACAAAAGCAUUCGAAGCAUGAUGGCCACCAACUCACAAGAACUCAAGUGCCCGACUCCGGGCUGCGAUGGCUCGGGACAUAUUACUGGGAACUACGCCUCCCACAGAAGUCUAUCGGGAUGUCCCCGGGCACGGAAGAGUGGCAUUAAGAUAACACACAGCAAAGAAGACAAAGAGGACCAGGAGCCAAUCAGGUGUCCGGUACCUGGCUGUGACGGGCAGGGUCACGUGACGGGGAAGUAUGCGUCGCACCGCAGCGCUUCGGGAUGCCCGCUGGCCGCCAAGCGGCAGAAGGACGGCUACAUGAACGGCUCGCAGUUCACGUGGAAGGCCGGGAAGACGGACGGCAUGUCCUGCCCCACCCCUGGGUGUGACGGCUCGGGGCACGUGAGCGGCAGCUUCCUGACACACCGCAGUCUCUCGGGAUGUCCCCGCGCCACGUCGGCCAUGAAGAAAGCCAGGCUGUCAGGGGUGGAGAUGCUAACGCUAAAGCAGCGGCCCAGCAACGGACUAGAGAAUGAUGAGGAGAUAAAACAGCUGGAUGAAGAAAUCAAAGAUUUAAGUGAAUCGAAUUCACAGGUGGAGGCAGAUAUGAUCAAACUCCGAACACAGAUUACCACAAUGGAGACUAAUCUGAAGUCGAUAGAGGAAGAAAACAAGGUGAUUGAACAGCAAAAUGAAUCUCUCCUGCAUGAGCUGGCCAACCUGAGCCAGUCACUGAUUAACAGUUUAGCUAAUAUCCAGCUCCCUGAUAUGAAACCGCUGCAACACAAAGAGGCACCCAUUAGAAAUAACAGCUGCUUACAGUUGCACCAGAGAGAGCCAAUCAGCGAGCAAAAUUUUGAUGCGUAUGUGACCACACUGACAGAUAUGUACACAAAUCAAGAUCAAUACCAGAGUCCAGAAAAUAAAGCCCUGUUGGAAAAUAUCAAGCAAGCGGUACAAGGAAUACAAGUGUAGCCAUCCAUCAAGUGGAAGGCAUGUUCUCAUAAAAAAAAGUUGAGGAAAAAGACACUAACAAAAAAAGAAAAGAAAAACAACAAAAAAGUAAAACAGGAUGCCUCAUGGUUUGUUGCUGUAA